AUAUUUUGUAAAUGGGUAUGGCCAUCAAAUGUUAUAUUUCUAUGUAAUGCAAUACAUUCGUGUUACUGAUAUAUAUAGCCAUUUGGAAGAAACGAUAUUGUGGGUAAACACAUACAGUUAAGUGCUUUUUAUCGAAAAGUAAAAUGGAGAGAUGGCGAGUAACGUUUCACCGGAUAAUUAGUUGUAAAUUCGUAUGCAUAUUUUUAAUACUGGUAUGCCUGCUCUUAAAAAGUAUAUCUAAAAAUACUAAUUUGAUUCAACCAAAAAGUGUACCUGAAAAUUCUAAUUUGGUUCAAUUGGAAAAUAGGCAAUUGCAUCAAAAAGACUUGGAUGUGUCUUUCAGUCAGUUACGAAAUGCUUGUUUGUCAGGCAAAGGAUUGCUGCUUGAUGAGAGGAGGAAUUACAUGAGCACAAACAGGAUGCAAUAUAAUACCAUGGAUGAAACUGUUAACGUUGCAAGAGUCGUACAAAAAUAUUAUAAUAUAGUCCUUGUUAGUGUCAUUAAUAAUGCAUAUUUACCGUUUGCUUAUAGCUGGCUAUGUAAUACUGCAGAAAUGGAUAUACAUAAAUCAGUUUUAAUCAUUACAUUCGACACAACAACAAGGGAUAAUCUUAUAACAAACUGGGACAAAAUUAAUGUUAUUGCUCUUGACAUCGAUGAUAUACCUGGUGGUGAUCAAAUGUAUAGUCGUUCAGGCUAUGUUAAAAUAAUGAUUCGCCGAACACAUAUUAUGUAUUCACUAUUACAGGCUGACAUAAAUUUGUUUUUGUUAGAAUUUGACUACGUCUGGUUUUCCAAUCCGUUACCUGAAUUGAAUGGUAUGUCGGAAAUUGACAUUUUGAUCAAUCCGGUGUCUACGACAAAUGAAACUGUUAGUAAUGGUGGACUCAUAAUUAUAUAUGCCACAGAGAGAUCAAAAUUCCUCUGGAAGAAAUUAACUGAAAUGAUGAUUGAUCUUGGUAAAAGGAUUAAAAAAAUCGCAGACCAUACUCGAGUUUCAGGAUAUGAAAAUGAUCAAGUGUAUUUUUCCAAACUAGUGAGAAAAAGGUACGGUAAUAUCAGGACUAGACAACUUCCACUUGAUCGCUAUGCGGAUGGUGUAUGGUAUAUGCUUAAUGAUUCAGACAGACGGAAUACUAAACCAGUAAUGAUAAGUAAUAAUUUCAUUGAAGGAAAUAUGAAUAAAAUGAAAAGAGCAAAACUAUGGAAGCACUGGUUUCUACUAGCUAACUGUACAUGUGAUAUUCAAAAUGUUUUGAAAAUUCAAAGCGGAGCAACUAACAGAUAAACAGCAAAAUGCUCUAAAAGUGUAUUACGAAAAUGACGGUUUUAGCAAUAUAUCAAAGACAUAAAAUUGUUUAGAUUUAUUCUUUUUAUUUUCAAGUUUUGAUAUGACUAACAAUAUUUCUAGCUCAAGGUGAGCUUUUAUUACCGUUUUAUGCCCGUCGUGCGUCGUCGGUCAUGCUUCGCCCGUCGUCUGUCAACAAUUCCUAGAAAAAUUCUCCAAAAAAUGACUGGGCAGAUUUACACCAAACUUCACAGGAAAGAUUCUUCGGUAGCAUCCUUUCAAAGUUGCCCAACAAAUUAAAAUCCAUUUAGAACGGUGGUUGUCAUGGCAACAGAAAGAAAAAUUCUUCUUCUCAGAAAGUGUUAGCCGGACAUCAAAAACAUUUUGCAGAAAUGAUCUCUAGCUAAGCCUCUACCAUAAUUGCUCAAGCCGUUAUUUUCCGGUAAAAAGGGGGCGGGGCUUAUUUUCCCUCAAUGGCUAUAUUGUACAUUUCUAAAAUCAUCUUCUUCAAAACCACUUUGCAGAUAUACACCAAUCUUCACAUAAAAGAUCUCUGGGUGGGAGGUCCUCCUGUCAAAAUUGCCCAAUGAAUUAAAAUACAUUUAGAACUGUGAUUGUCAUGGCAACCGAAAGAAAACUCUUUAAAAAUCUUUGAUUGCGAUGGCAACUAGAACUCUGGAUGGGUAAUCUAGAUUUUAAGUAGAAUAAGCCUCCGUAAAAAAUGUGUGUCAAAUUACACAAAAUAUUAUCAUAAAAUAUCUUACUGUUUAAUGAAUGUCACACUGAUUACAGUAUCUGUAUUUGCCCAAUGUCGUAGAACACAGGUUGCUGAAAACAAAAAUAGUUACCAAGUUUUAUAUUUAGUGUUUACCAAGUUUGAUAUGCAAUAUUGUUUUUCUAAAAAAAAUGAAUUUACUGCUCAAUGAAAUGUAUUCUUUUGUUUGUUCUUUUAAAUUUCAUGAUGGUUAAGUAACUUUUCAAGUCGUUAACUUUCUUCAAUAUAAUUGGUAAUUUAAUUAUAUGCUCCUAUCAGCUCAAAUAUAUUUCAAACCAUCUAUUAAAAUAAUUAAUAUAGAUAUUUAUGAACUUGUAAAUUUAAAUUAAAUCUUUUUGUCAAAUGUUAAAUGUGCAUAAAGACAUUUUUUUUAAGUUUAAGUUUUAAGACAUUCCCAAAAAAGAUGUUCAAUGGAUUUCACAUGCAUCUGACAGAAAUCACAAAGGUUUGAUUCGGCAAGGCCUUGUUUUAGUAGAAGUUUAUUUGUCGCUAUUAUUCUGUGUAUAAACUUGUCCUGGAAGUUUCUAAUGUACUAUCUACCGAUGCUGUAAAGACAUUCCUAUAUUUUGAUUGCCAAACUAUUUUUUUAGCAAUAUUCUUCCAUUUUGUUUCGGCUUUAAUUGUGAGUGUUGUAGGAAUUUAUUUGCCUUUUUUGUGUCCGUAAACCUUUUCCGAAUGGUUGAUUUUUUGUUCUAGAUCUGCUGGUAUACUUUUUAUUAAAGACGAGUAUUUGAGAUAGUCGUGUUCAGGAAGACUGUGCACAUUUUAAACGUCUUUAUAUGUAUAGAAUUUAACUCUUCGGAAAUCAUAGAUAUAACUCACCUUUAUCAAACCAUGUUCUAUAGAAAAAUGAUUUGUCGUUUACUUUUAUUUUCUUCUUGUUCCAUGUUAUCUUUUUAUUUGUGUGUGUGCAGUUGGACAGAUUACCGAUUUCAUUCCACGGUAUAAUGAUAUCUCUUAAAAAGGAUUUCUGUCUUAAUUUUUUUCAUAUUUCUCUUUCAUUUAAAUUAAAUUCAAAUAUCAAAUUUGUUCCUAUUUUUUCUAGUUUAGCCUUAUAGAUAGCAUUUAUAACUGAUUUGUUAUUACUAUCCAAUACAUUGUAGCCCAGCUGGCCUUUAGUCCAUCAUUUUUAUACCUCCAUUUAAAUAGUUUUUCUUUAUUGUUUCUGUUUUUAUUUUUUCCGGUUUGUUAUCCCAUAAGAAUUCAGACAUAUAUUUUCUAAUUGGUUUAGUGCAUGCUUUUUGUGUUUGUAAUACAGAUAGAUAGUAAAUCAAUUUUGGUAGAGCAAACCUUUUAAUAACUAUGUUUUUUCCAGUAACAUCAGUUGCCUAUGCUGCUACUGUUUAACGCAAUUAUUAAAGGGUUCAAUUUUUUUAUCUGCAUAAAAGGUAAUACCAAGAGACUGCGCAGAAUCUGAUGUCAAUCUGAAUUUUUUGUUUGUACAGUAUCUAAGUUUUGUAUUGUGUAUUGAAAAGGUUUCAAAAGACUUUCUUGAUCCAUCGGUUAUAAAAGUGCCAUCAUCUGCAAAUUCAUGUAGUAAUACAUGUUUAACUUCAAAAUUAUUAAUAUAUAUUCAAUUUAUAUCAUCAUGUCUCCCUCAAAGGUGGGGGAGACAUAUUGUUUUUGACUCCACCGUCCGUCUGUCCGUCUGUCCGUCCGCAUUAAGUUUGUCCGGCUUUCACAGGUCAUCUACUGACCGGAUUUCGACGUAACUUCACAGGAGUGAUCAGUACCAAGCCUAGUUGUGCAUAUCGCUGGCACGUUUCGCUUCGCUGCACCAAAUAGCCACCAGAGCUAAAAUAGAAAAAUAUUUCUCGGCUUUCACAGGUCAAACUGCUAGCUGGAUUUCGAUGAAAUUUUUCAGGAGUGAUUAGUACCAACCCCAGUUGUGCAUAUCGCUGGCACGUUCAGCUUCGCUGCACAGAAUUGCCGCCAGAGCUAAAAAAAAAAUAUACAUAUGGGGAGACAUCUGUGUUUUUGACCAAAACACCUUCUAGUUAUUUUUAGGAAAUACAAUUUAAUAAUAACUCUAUACAAAUAACAAGUAGGUAAAGGGAAAAUGAACAUCCUUGACGUACACCUAUUUCGACCUCUAAAAUUAUGAUCGUUAUUUGUAGUGCAACUUUUGCUUGUUUUUGUAUAAAAGAGUUUAAUCCACUGUGUUAUAUAAUUACCAAAUUGAAAAAUUUAAUUGUUUGAAACAUAAAGAUGUUAUUAAGGCUGUCAAAUGCCUUCACUAAAUAAGAAAAAAAUAAAAUUGCUUCCUGUUUUGACAUUUCAUUUGUUCCAGAAACUUCAAAAAUAAUUCGAAUAUUGUCUCCUAUGAUUCGCCCUUUCAUAACGAUAAUAGGUAAGGGUAGACUACUCGGAAGCACAGAGCACCACAAACACAGCCUCAGAGCCACGCAAAGUAGUCCCACAAAAAAAGAAGCUGUAGCGGAAAAAUAUUACAGACGGGUUGCCCAAAAAAUCCAACAAGUACAUUUUAAUUUUAUGCAAAAUACAGAAAUAGGGGGAGGAAUGGGCCAGGGGCAGAAAGGGGGUGUCGCGGGGGGGGGGGGGGGGGGGGGGCAGCUCGAAGGGGAAAGCGGAACAAGGACGAAAGUCCAAAAUGAAACGCCACGCUCCCCAGCCACAUCCACCCCACGCAUUCAAACUAAAAAAGUCACCGCAAACUAUAAAGCCUGAUUGACAGUUGUUUAUAUAGUUGGUAAAACAUUCUUUAUUCUAUUAGCUAUCACUUUAGCCAUUAUUUUGUAAUACGUAUUCAGAAGACCAAUGGGUCGCCAGGUCUCAUAUAUGUUGUAUCCUUUUUCGGUUCUGGUAAAAGUGUUAUUAUACUUUGUGUUUGCAACUCUGGUAGAGAGUUCAAAGGAGUACUUAACGGAUUUUAUAUAGUGUUGUAUUAAAUCAUUUCAAAAUAUUUUGUAAAACUCUGUUGCUAAACCAUUAAAUCCUUGACUUUUAUUGGUGUUUAUUUUUCAUACUUUUCAAGGCAAUGCUGAAUUCAUAUUCUAGUAAUUCGUCACUUACUGUUUUAUUUUCUCUUUCACUUAGACUAUUUAUUUGUCGAUCCAUAAAAUUCAAUGUUAUUUGUUCUCAAUUUUGUAUAGAUUUUCAUAACAACGUUUUUUCUCUUUUAUAAUUUGUUUUGGUCCGUUUAAAUGAAUUUGUUUUAUAUAUAUAUUUUUUUCUCAUUGUUCUGUUUUUCUAAGUUUGAGAAGAACAUACAAUUAUUGUCAUUAUAUUAAACUUACUGAGCUUUUGACCUCAUAAUUAUUCCUUGUAUUUUUUUUUCGUUUUACUCUUUAAUUUUUAACUGUAAUUAUUUUUCAUUCUUUUCCUCUUCCUUCUUUUUUUUACUUUUGUAGCGUAUUUUAUAGUUGCAUUCCUUAUAUUUGCCUUGAUAAAUUCACACAGUAUUUGAAUUUGCAUGUUCGUUUAAUCUAGCUGUUUCCUUGAUUAUUUCCUUUAUUUCUUUUUGAAAUUUAUAUUUAAAUAAAAGGCUCUUAUCCAGUUUAAAAUAUCAUUUUCCUUUCGGUCGAUUUUGUAUAUUCAGGGCUAAACGUAAAUGAUCUGACUUAUAUUCUACCUCUAUUUCACAUAAGUUAGUAUUAUUGACAAAACUUUGAGAUAUCAGAAAAUAGUCUAGUCUACAGAAAAUAAAAUGCCGAAUAAAUUGUGAUUUUUGGGAUUUUUUAUUCUCUAUAUGUCGCAAAUAUCAUGUUUUUCAUUAUUUCUUUUAAUAAUUACUGCAUUUUAUGAGUAUUUGAAUUCCCGUUCAUUUUGUCUAUUUCUAGAUCUAAAACUGUAUUUACAUCGCCUCCAAAUAUUACAUUGUUUUGCGUUCAUGUUCUGUAAGAAGUUCUUAAUUCUUAAUCUAUUGAAAAUUAAAAUUUCAUCAUUAUUCGGUCACAACAGAAUUCUCUUCAGUGUCGAAUUCAGUCGGUAUUAAAUGACUAUGUCUCACCUGCACUUUUUCCCCCGUUAAAAUAUGACCCCUUUUUCCAAUCUGAUUGCCAGCUGUUCGCGUUUCGAAAUGUUUUCUAUCCUUCUGACAUUGAGACUAUACAACUUAAUACUCAUGUAUCAUAUUAAAAACAUCUCCCUUUAGAAAUAUGACAGAUGGAUACAAAACGUAACAAAUGUGUAAACACAUUAACUUAUUCAUUUUUAUUUUUCAUUUGUAUCUUGUUGCAAUAGACAUGCAGCAACUCCAUACAGGAACGCAUAUAUACAUAUGUGUGCGUUCGUGACUUUUACUUUUGUUACAGAAACGUAAUGUUUUAUAUGAUCAAAGGUAUGUUGUAAGCUAAAAAAAGUCCAAUAUGUACCAACGCGUAUGUUCGUUUCGGUACUUAAUCAGUAUAUUUGUGUUUGUUCUUGUUUAUUAUAUUUGAUGAAACACAACUAUUUCUUUUUCAGUGUUUUACCAUAUUUUGUAAUAUUACAAUAUUUUUAUGCUUGAAAAUAAAAUGCUACUGUAAUGUU